AUGUGCUCUCCCAUCCUUGAUUCCGGGAAUCCUACGGGAGUUCUCAAUGCUUCAGAGCAACCGGGAAUUCCCUCUGGUUGGAACGGGGAAGAUCCGAAAGGAACGGAUUCAAAAUUGAAGAUACAGACAUUGAAGGAAUUGAGUGAGUCCGGUGGGCAAUACGUCAUCGGAGAAGGGGUUGAAUUGCAAAAAUGGCUCGAGCAAGAUGGGCCAACUGAAGUCACACAAACUGAUUGGCGUUUGCACAAAUCCAAGAUUGACUCCUCCGUUAUAUGCAAGCAUCAUUUCAGUAUGGACAUCAAGAAAACUGAAAGGCGGCACCGACAUAUUCCUAGCGACUUGCUUGAAGUGGAUUUGUCAUUUUGCAAACCGGCAGUCAAAGACCGCAGUGAUCAAAGGGUCAUAUACGAAUUGCUGUAUGUUUGCAGAGGCAACAGGAAGGAUGGGAGCAAAUGCCAACGGAGUAGGAAGGAUUUGAAUGGGAAAAUUGUUGAUGGAUGGUGCACUGGAUUAGGUCAUUGCAGCCCUGGAUGCUCCUGGGAUCGGCGCUCAGCUGUACACUUGUGCGGCAUGACGUUGAGGAUCACUGCAACAGCGCAAAUGAUCCUCGAUGGACAAAGAUGUGUUACAAUCAAAGGUUGGCACGUGCCUUCUGGAUCGAAUGAGGUGGCCGUUAUCCAAUCUUGGACACAAAUUCCAGCAGGAUCAAAAGAUCCUGCGUGGAAAGGCAACUCUGCGUCAAGGCAGUUGGAAAAGAAGAGAAAGUUAGAACUUGCCAAGAGACCUAUUGAUCAAGUCAUUGGGCAGUGUCAGGCUCCUGUGCAGAGUCCCAAGAGGCACAAGAGCAGGCAUUCUCAUUCAACUACUUUGAUGCCUGGGAAUCGUCGACAGCUGGCAGAGAGAGAAGUGAUGAUGUUGCAAGAAGAAAGCAGGAGACAGCACGAGGCAGAACUAAAGAUGCAGAACGAGCUCAGGGCAAAGCUUAUCAAGUCCGGAAUUCACGUUGACACGGCUUCGGAUGAGGCAGCUCGGGUUCAGGAAUCUUCUACCACAUCGACAGCAUGGCAUAGUUCUGUUGCGUGCUUGAGAGUUUUGGCAUGGUUAGAAAGUGCUGAACAGAUGAGCAAGGAGGACGAGAGCAAGGACUCUUCGAAAUUCCCCUCCAGUGUUUGAAGAAUUCCCCAUCAGACCAGGCUCUGUCGCCGUCUGAAUGAGACCCAAAAUCCCCGAUUUCGUCAUCUUGUGUACCAUAUUUAAUUAUUUUAGCUGGUCUAUGAUCGUUCUGUACUGCUUGUAAUACUUAGAUUGGAAUUUCUUUAGACAAAACUAAAGCAAAAUGGUUCUGGG